UUUCAGUCAGUGGAUGUGUUGGACAUCUGGAGGAAAGAAGCAGCACUUUGUGGAGAGAAGUCAGCGUUUUGCGGCUGGCUUGUAUGUAUUUGGGGGAAUUUCCUUGGAGAGGCGGACUGAGCACGGAGACCCUCACCUCCAAGACCUGUGUCGCCCUGCAGAGGAGAAAACCUCAACGUACCCGACACCAGUAAUGAGCUAAAGGCCUUGUGAUCAGAGGAGAGAGGGAGCCAACCAACUGCGAGAGGAGAAGAAGAAAAGUGAGGAGAAGGAAAGGCAAUAAGGGGAAAAGUUGGUGAUGAGUAUCCGCACCAGCAGGCCCCUUCUCAGCUAAUGAACUAGGAAGUUCAUCAACAACAUUUCGGUAGCAGAAACAGGAUAUCACCUCAGUGGGAGCGGCGCUCCACUGAGAGGAAGCAGAAAGUAGGGGGGGCGGAGUGAAGUGCGAGGUUGCUCGGGUCAGAUGGCGAUGCCGACGAUGAAGCGGCAAGGCCUUGGGUCGCUGAGGGUCUUCCUGGUGCUGGUGGGAAUUUCUGCGCUCUGUAGCGUGGCAUUGGGAACCCGGAAAGGAAACGAAUCUUUGGAUCAGAGGGGCCACAGACACAGACAUCCAGGUCACUUGUCGCUGCACAGACACAAACAGAGGGCUGGGAAAGAGGGGCAGGUACUCCACAGGUCCAAACGAGGAUGGGUCUGGAAUCAGUUCUUCGUCAUUGAGGAGUACACUGGGCCUGACCCAGUUCUGGUGGGCAGGCUCCACUCAGACGUCGACUCAGGCGUUGGCAACAUCAAGUACAUCCUGUCCGGUGAAGGUGCGGGGACCAUCUUUGUUAUUGACGACAAGACGGGCAACAUCCACGCCACGAAGACGCUGGACCGCGAGGAGCAGGCCCAGUACACUUUAACAGCCCAGGCCGUGGACAGAGACACUAACAAGCCUCUGGAGCCUCCGUCGGAGUUCAUCGUGAAAGUUCAAGACAUCAACGAUAAUCCUCCAGAGUUUCUACACGGGCCGUACUACGCCAGGGUGCCUGAGAUGUCCAAUGUUGGUACGUCGGUGAUGCAGGUGACAGCUACAGAUGCUGACGACCCCACCUACGGAAACAGUGCCAGGCUGGUGUACAGCAUCCUGCAAGGACAGCCGUAUUUCUCUGUGGAGCCUCAGACAGGUAUAAUCCGUACUGCCUUGCCAAACAUGGACCGGGAGGCGCGCCAGGAGUACGAUGUCGUCAUCCAGGCCAAGGACAUGGGCGGUCACAUGGGUGGGCUGUCGGGGACCACGCAGGUCAAAAUCACCCUCACAGACGUCAACGACAACCCUCCAAAGUUCCCCCAGAGCGUGUAUUCCAUGUCUGUGAUGGAGGAUAAAGUGCCCGGGGAGGAGGUGGGCCGUCUUAAGGCCAAAGACCCCGACCUGGGAGACAACGGGAUGGUGAGCUACCGCUUGGUAGACGGAGACGGACUGGGCAUGUUUGAGCUGAGCACCGACUCAGAGACCAGAGAGGCUGUAAUCAAACUGAAGAAGCAAGUGGACUUUGAGACUAAAAGGUCGUACACUUUGAAGGUGGAGGGAUCCAACCCGCACGUUGACCCCCAGUACCUCGCUUGGGGGCCUUACAAGGACGAAGCCACGAUAAAGAUAUCAGUGGAGGAUGCAGAUGAGCCUCCUGUGUUUGUAGCUCCCAGUUACACCUUUGAGGUGGAGGAGAACGCGCCCGAAGGCACCCAGGUGGGACGCGUCCACGCCAAGGACACUGAUGUUGCCAACAAUCCCGUCAGGUACAUGAUCCCUCUGUACACAGAUAUAGAGCAGUUCUUCAACGUGAACUCAGAAGACGGCAUGAUCACGACCACGAGGCCGCUGGACAGAGAAGCUCAGGCCUGGCACAACAUAUCUGUGUCGGCCACAGAGAUAGGAGGCCACCAUCAAGACACCAAAGUGCGUGUUAACAUCAAAGUGAAAGAUGUGAAUGACAACUCUCCAGAGUUUGCCAACAACAACGAGGUCCUCAUGUGUGAAACUGUCGCGCCAGGGAGGGUUAUUGAAAUAGUGAGUGCAGUGGACAAAGACGAGAUGGCUCACAGACAACACUUCACCUUCAGCCUCGCUCCGGAAGUCACCCACAACCACAACUUCUCCCUCAAAGACAACAGAGACAGCACGGCCGGCGUCUAUGUGCUCCGUAAAGGAUUCAGCCGUCUGACCCAGGACGUCUACUACCUCCCCAUCGAGAUAAACGACAACGGCUUCCCCUCGAUGACCAGCACCAACACCCUGACCAUCAGAGUGUGUUCCUGUGACAGCAGAGACACCAUCCUGUCCUGUAACGUGGAGCCCUACGUGCUGCCCGCCGGCCUCAGCACCGGGGCGCUGAUAGCGAUCCUGGCCUGUAUCGUCAUUCUGCUGGCAAUAGUGGUGUUGUUUGUUGCGCUGAGGCGUCAGAAGAAGGAGCCCCUGAUAGUGUUUGAGGAGGAGGACAUCAGGGAGAACAUCAUCACGUACGAUGACGAGGGAGGUGGCGAGGAGGACACGGAGGCCUUCGACAUCGCCACACUACAGAACCCAGACGGCGCCAACGGCUUCCUGCCGAGAAAGGACAUCAAACCAGAGCUGCAGUUUCCCCUCAGGCCCGGCGCUGGCCACCCGGCCGCCAACAGCGUCGACGUCGACGACUUCAUCAAGACUCGAAUCGCGGAUGCCGACAGCGACCCGACGGCGCCCCCUUACGACUCCAUUCAGAUCUACGGAUACGAGGGCAGAGGAUCGCUGGCCGGGUCGCUGAGUUCCCUCGAGUCCGUCACGACAGAGUCCGACUUGGAUUAUGACUAUCUGCAGAGCUGGGGGCCGAGGUUUAAGAAGCUGGCCGAUUUGUACGGGACCAAAGACUGCUUCAUGAACGAUGGCGACGAUGGCGAAGACUCUUAACAGUGGUCUUCCAGAGUGGACGCCCCCCCAAACCCCCGAUUUCUGAUGAAUUGAUUCCAUGAGGAUUUGUUAACUGAGGGUUAACACUCCCCAGUACCCAAUCGUUACCAACUGAUCCGUUCACGCCGACGUGUCGACGGACGUUAACAGCUCUCCCUUCCGCGGCGCCUACCAAGACGAUUUGUUAAUGAACACAUAACGAACUCUUGGACUUCCAGUUUUUCCCCCCAAAUCUCUGCUUUCCCGCCUACAGUAUGUCUUUCCCUUUCUCUUUCUACGGACUUAAGCAUUGCAGGGCUGGUAGAUCCGUUUUUGUCGCCAGUUUGAAAGUAAAUUGUUGGGAACAAAAUGUUUGCUGUGUGAUCAAAAAUGACUUGCUUAUAGCUAACUGUUUAGUUUCUUUGAGGUUCUAUAUACUUUUGUGGACUGGAUUCACGUACUUCCUCAAUGGCUCCUGGGAGAGAUUUUAUUCCCUGAACAGGUUCCUGAGUCGGGGGUAUAUUUCCCCUUAGCUGCUCUCUUUGUUGUGUAUGUAAAACACACACAGAAAGAGAGGAAGAAGGAGAUACAAGCUAAUGAAAAGAAAAGGUUAGUAUGGGAUCCAGCAACGGCCUGAUGUUGUGAAAGAGAAAUCAAAAUGGUAAAGAAGACGUGUCGGUUGGGGUCGAACAGUUGAAAGUAAAUGCUUUUAUCAAAUGUCGUUGUUGUGUGUGCAGAAUUCAGCAGGUACUGUGGUUUAAAUAGCGCGACAGACUCUGGGUUGUUGAUACUUUGAAGACGCUCGCAGCAUCUUCACAGUAUGGUGGCCUUAUAAUAAAUAAACAACAACUCCAGGGGGCGAACAUUACAAAAAGGUGAGGAUAGAGACCGCUGGCUUCAGUAGCGACACACAGACAGGACUGAAUAUCUGUGAACACGUCACACAAAUACCGUUCGGUUUUUUGUUUUUUUUACUGCUCCCGAAACGAGACGGACUGAACGUGGAUUCAACGGAAUAAAAACUGUGGAUGAAUCUUCGUCUUCGUUCUUCACGGAGGAGAAUGACGUGAAAAGAAAAAAGCUGCCCGUCUCCACGCCCCUGUGUCCUCCCCCCCCGCCCACAUCCCCUCCCCGAUAAACAAUCACUUCCCACGCCGCGUCCACCGACGAAUGAUCACUUCCUCAUCCAGAGUCCACCAAUGAUGAUCAAUCACAAUGAGUAUGAAACCUGUGAGCUCUAAAAAUCGCCUUAAACCUAACGGACACUCUUGCAACGCAGUGCAUUCUCUCUUUUUUUUUUUGUUGCUUUUCUCCUUUCGUUUCUUUUUGUAACUCGAAAAAGUAUAUUCAGAAAGCAAACUAUUCUCCAUGUUAGGUAUGUACAGAGCAGCGUGCAGACGUGUGAUGUUUCACUUUGAGGAUCCAACUUGCGCCUCCCGCACUCUUGAAACAGGAUGUGCAGUUUCUGACCGCUACAUGUGGAACCGGGGGAAAACUUGCGUUGUGUAUUUUUUCCUCCUCGACACCGGCUAUGUCGGCAGCAACACCUGUUGCAUCAACACGUGUUGCUAUUCGAACAUAAAAACGUGCACGCUGGAGAAUAACACAAGGCGUGUUUUCUAAACCACAUUUACAGAGAAACCAGAACAUCCUUUUUUAACCGUGUGGGUUCUUGUUCAAUCUCUUUUUUAAUGUUAUUAUAUUAUUAUGAUUAUUAUUGUUGUUUUUUUAUUAUGAUUAUUAUUAUUAUUAUUAUCAGCAUUAUUAUGACAGUAAUUGUUCUUUUUUUUGGCUGCAGCUACACAGGAACAAAUUCAUGUUUAACUUUUUGGCAAAUUUGAUGUUCUUACGGUCGUCUAAACAUGGAGGUAAAACAAAGUAUUUGAUUUUCUUUUCUGGACAGCUAUAAGAAAUCUACAGCCAAAAGUUAAACAUCAGCUUUGGUUUAUGCCUGUGUGAAUACAACCUCUCUCAUUUCCUUUGGUUUGGUUUCAGUUCUUUUUUUUGUUUUUUUUUCAUUAUUUGGCGUUUUUUCGUUCCUUCUCCCUGUUCAAGAGGAAAACUAGCAAUCCGUUUGUUGCAGCGAGAGAACGCCUCGUUUUUAUUCUCUGUCAAGUUUUAUGGUACCGAUUUGUACAAUUUUAAAAGUUCUUAUUUUAGUAUACAUGCAGAAUAUUACAGUAUUACAACAAAAACAUGUUAAGAAGAUGAGAUUAAAAGAAAUGUUACAGCAUCACACUUAUAUUUUCUGAACAUUGUAAUGUUGCUUUACUAUGUGCUUCAAUCUCCGAAGCGAAAAAAAAACAAAAAACUUUGAAAU